UUUUCUUGAUGCAGGGUGCAGGAUAUUACGAAGUAACACGUUAAUAUAGAAUGGAUGAAAAAGAGAAAAAUAAUCCAUUUGACUCAGCUGGUCUUUUCUCCCGUGCAUUUUUCUGUUGGCUUUUUCCUUUAUUAACCAAAGGAAGAAAGCGGUAUUUAAAACAGGAAGACUUGUAUGCAACUUCAAAAUGUCAUACCUCUGAUUACCUUGGUAACCUUUUACAAAAGGAAUGGGAGAAAGAACUGAAGGAAAGGAAUCCAAGAAUGUUGAAUGCUAUAUUGCGAUUUCUCGGAUGGCAAUUUUUAAUUGCGAUUAUAUGUGCACUUAUUCAGGAAACUGUCAUAAUUGCUAGCCAGGCAUAUUUUUUGGGGUUAGUAAUUAAUUGCUUCGACCACAGUUCUGAGUGGAAUGAAUUCAGAGCUUACUUAUCAGCUGCAGGAUUUUUUGGAAUAACUGCGAUUUAUUUAUUUAUCUACAAUUUCAAUUUUUUUGUAACAGAAGUAUUAAGCAUGAAAUUGAAGAUAGCUUUAUUACAAGCAGCUAUAUUGGGAGACAAAAGAUUAAAUCUGUUGAAUGAGAUGAUCGCUGGUAUGAGAUUAAUUAAAAUGUACACUUGGGAAAUGCCAUAUGCUGCGUUAAUAGAGAAAAUCAGAAUGUAA